AUGGAGGUGGGGUUGAAUGUUUGUGUGGGGGUUGGGGUUUGGGGGGGGUGGUAUUUAGUGUAUUGUUUUGUAUUUGAAUGGGUUUGGUUGGGUGGGUGGGGGGGGGGGGGUUUGUUUGUGGGAGGGGGGAGUUUGGGGUUUGAUGUGUUAAGGUGGGUGGUUGUUGUGGUUUGGGUUGGGGGGUUUUGGGUUUGGGGUUUGUGGUUUGGGUGGUUUGUUUGGUGGGGUGUGGUUGGUGUGUGGGGGGGUGGGGGGGGUUUGUGGUUUGUUUUGGGGUUUGGUUUGAGGGGGGGUUUUUUUUGUUGGGUGGUGGGUUGGGUGUGUUUGUGGUUGGGUGUGGGGGGGGGGGGUUUUGGGUGGGGGGGGUGGGGGUUUGUUGGGGUGGGUGUGGAGGUGUGUUUUGUGUGGUGUGGGGUGGUUGUGGUUUGGGUUGGGGUGGGUGUUGGAGGUUGGUGGGGGUGGGGGUUGUGUGGGGUUGUUUUGUUGGGGGGUGGGGGGUGUUUGGGUAGGGGGGGUGGGUUGUGGGUGGUUUGUGUUUGUUGGUGUUGUGGGUGGGGUGUGUUUGUUUGUGGUGUGGGGGGGGUUGGGUGUGGGGGUGGGGGGGGGGGGUUGGGUGGGGGGGUUGGGUUUGAGUUGGAGUGGUGGGGGGUUUGGGGUUGUGGGUGUGGUGGGGUGGGGGGGGGGGGGGGUGUGUGGGGGGUGUGUUUGUUGUUGGUGGUGUUGUUGGGGUGUUUGGGGGGUGUUUUGGUUGGGGGGGGGUGGGGGGGUGGGGGGUGUUGUGGUGUGGUGGGGGGGGGGGUUGUGUGGGGGUGGGGUGUGUUGGGGUGUUUGGUGGGUUGGUGUGUGGGGGGGGUGUUGGGGUGGUGUGGGUAUGAGGGGGUGGUGGGUGUGGGUGGUUGUUGGUGGUUGUUGUGGGGGGUUGGGGGGUAUAGGGAGGUUUGGGGGUGGGGUUGUUGGGGUGUGUUGUUUUGUUUGGUGUGGGGGUUAUUGGUGGUGGGGGGGGUGGGGGGUGGUUGGUUGUGUGUGGGUGUUGGGGGGGUGGGUGAGGGUUUUGGGGUGUGGGUGUUGAAGUGGGGGUGGGGGUUUGGGGUGGGUGUUGGGUGUGGGGGGGGGGUUGUGGUUUUUAUUGGUGUGGGGUUGUGGGUGUUGGGUUUGUUUUUUUUGGUGGUGGGGGUGUUUUGGGGUGGGGGGGGGGUUUGUGGGUGGGUUUUUAAUGAAUGUUGUGGGGGUUUGUGGGGGGGGGGGUGGUGUGGGGUGUGUGUUAGGUGGUUUGUUAUGGUUUGGUUUUUUGUUGGGUUUGUUGUGUGUGGUUGGGUGUUGGUGGUGUGUGGGGGGGGUUGUUGGUGUGGGUGUGUUUGGUUUGUUUGUUGGGUGUUGGGGGGGGGGGGGGUGUGGGGGGGUGUGGGGGGGGUGGGGGGGGUGGUUUGGGUGUGGGGGGGGGGUGGGGGUUGUGGGGUUUGUGGGGUUGGGUGUGGGUUGUGUGGGAGUUGGGUGUGGGGUUGGUUUUUUUGGGGUUUUUUGUGGUUUUGGGUGGUUGGGUUGGGGGGGGGGGGUGUGGUUGGGAUGGGGUUGUUAGGUUGGGGGUGGGGUGGUGGGGGGGGGGUGUGGGGGGGGGGGUGGAGUGUUGGGUGGUGUGUGUUGGGUUUUGGUGGUGGGGUUUAUUGGUUGUGUGUUUGUGUGGGUGUUGUUUGGUUGGGUUGGGGGGGUGGUGGUUGGGGUGGUUGUGGAUGGUGGGGGUGUUGGUGGUGGGUGGUGGGUGUGUGGGGGGGGGGGGUGUGGUGGUUGGUGGUUGUGUUUGGUUGUUUUGUUGUUGGGGGGGUGGGGGUGUUUGUGUUGAGGGGGGGGGUGUGGGGUUUUUUGAGGGGUGGUGGGGGGGGUUUGGGGUGGGGGGGGGUGGGGUUGGUUGGUUGUGUUUGGUUGUGGGGUUGGGGGGGGGGGGUGGGGGGGGGGUUGGGGGGGGGGGGGGGGUUAGGGGUUGUGGGGGGGGGGGUGGUGUGGGGGUGGGGGGUUGUGUGUGGGUGUUGGGGGUUUGGUGGUGGGUGGUGGUUGGGUGGUUUGGGUGUUUGGUGUGAUUAG